AUGACAAUAAACUACAACUGUGCCCUGCCCUCUACCCCCCACCGAGCUGGCCCGGGGGUGGACUCUCAGUCUGGACCAGGGGGUGGACUGGGACUUGGGGGUGGCCUGGUGUGGGCUCAGAGUCUGGACCAGAGGGUGGACAGGGACCGGGGGUGGACUUGGGGGGUCACCCGGCUAGACGUCCAGGAGCUGACCACACGACAUAUCAAAACUGGCUGGCUCUGA